CUUCUACCGCCCCCGAAUGAAGAUUAACAGGUAUGCCAAAGGAAAAAUAUGAUCCUCCAGAUCCCCGCAGAUGUUACACCAUCAUGUCAGCUGAGGAGGCGGCGAGUGGGAAGAAGUCUCACUGGUCCGAGCUCGAGAUAUCCGGGCGGGUGAGGAGCCUGAGCACCUCGUUGUGGACACUCACCCACCUGACGGCGCUGCACAUCAAUGACAACAACCUGACCCGCAUCCCGCCAGACAUCGCCAAGCUGCCCAACCUGGUCUACCUGAACCUGUCGUCCAAUAAGCUCCGCAGUCUGCCCGCCGAACUCGGCAACAUGGUCUCUCUCAGGGAAUUGCUUUUAAACAAUAAUCUCUUACGAGUUCUGCCUUAUGAACUUGGAAGGCUUUUCCAGUUACAAACCCUGGGGCUGAAAGGAAAUCCUUUGUCCCAAGACAUCCUGAAUUUGUACCAGGAGCCGGACGGAACCAGAAAGCUUUUGAACUACAUGCUCGACAAUCUAGCAGUGCACCCAGAGCAGCUCCCCCAAAGACCCUGGAUCACUCUGAAGGAGCGAGACCAAAUGAUCCCCACCGCUGUCUUCACGGUUAUGUGCUACAACGUGCUGUGCGACAAGUACGCCACGCGACAGCUGUACGGCUACUGUCCAUCCUGGGCCUUAAACUGGGAGUACAGGAAAAAGGGCAUCAUGGAGGAAAUCACCAGCUGUGACGCUGACAUCAUCAGCCUACAGGAGGUGGAGACAGAGCAGUACUACACGCUGUUUCUGGAAACACUAAAGGAGCGCGGCUACGACGGCUACUUCUGUCCAAAAUCUCGUGCCAAACUGGUUUCAGAACAGGAGAGGAAACACGUGGACGGCUGUGCCGUGUUCUUCAAGACUGAGAAGUUCGCUUUGGUUCAGAAACACACUGUGGAGUUCAAUCAGGUGGCCAUGGCUAACUCUGAGGGCUCAGAGGUCAUGCUGAACCGAGUGAUGACCAAAGACAACAUCGGGGUGGCUGUGCUGCUCGAGGUCAACAAGGACAUGUUCUCCGGUGGCAUGAAGCCGCCGCAGGAGAGGCAGCUUAUCCUGGUGGCGAACGCCCACAUGCACUGGGACCCCGAGUACUCGGACGUCAAGUUGAUCCAAACCAUGAUGUUCCUGUCAGAGCUGAAAAGCAUUGCUGAGAGGGCCUCGGGCUCCGUGGCAACAGGCUCGCCGACCUCUGACCCGUCCUCAAUCCCCAUCGUCCUGUGCGCUGACCUCAACUCGCUGCCUGACUCUGGUGUGGUGGAGUACCUGAGCAAUGGGGGAGUGGCUGAGAACCACAAAGACUUUAAGGAGCUACGCUACAACGAAUGUCUGACCAACUUCAGCUGCAACGGCAAGAACGGGAACUCAGACGGGAGCAUCACACACAGCUUCCAGCUGAAGAGCGCCUAUGACAGCAAUCUGAUGCCUUACACCAACUACACAUAUGACUUCAAGGGUGUGAUCGACUACAUCUUCUUCUCCAAGACCCACAUGGGCGUCCUGGGCGUGCUCGGACCGCUCGACAGCCAGUGGCUCAUAGACAACAACAUCACGGGCUGCCCCCACCCGCACAUCCCCUCGGACCACUUCUCCCUGCUGGCCCAGAUGGAGCUGCACCCCUCCCCUGCCCCAGCCCUCAACCCCCUCAAUGGGCUGCACCUGCCGGUCCACAGGUAGUGCAGCCUGAGAGAGAGAGCCCCACCUACCCCUCUUUACCCCACCUUUUAAACACUGUCCCACCCUCCUCCUCCUCCCUCCUCCAGCUUUAUACAGGACCCUGUACAGUUUACCAAUCACGUUAAACUCGGAUACCAUCUGACCCCCCCUAACCCUGAGACAAACCUACCCCAAAAGGAGUGAAGUAUUCGCCCCAGUUGUUGCUCCUUUUUAUGUUUUUGCACAGUGUAUAUUUUUAUCUUUUUUUUUUUUUUUUUUCUUUCUCCCCUCGAAAAGGCUUGAUACCAAAUGUUGGGAUGAAGAUGUCCCAGUGUCUUUAUUUGUUUAAUUUUGCCUUAGUCAUAAACAUGACCUCUUAUAGAUUCUGCUCCUACAACAGCAAACUAAUACUAACAACUGUUUGAAGGCAGAUCUGCUACACAAAUGAAAGAGCUGACAUCACGGUGUAAAUGCUGCACGCUUCAUAGAGCUGAAACCUGUUUUCUCACCCAAAUUAACUGACAGGUGUUUAAUUGAAAAGAGGGUAACACUACAAAGAAAGCUCGGUCCUAUGAAUGUUAUACGAGGGUGUUUGCGUUGGUAUUUUUUGUAAAAAGGUCCUUAUUUGAGAAAAAACUAAAUGCCCAGAUAAUAAGUGGGUGCAGAUUUUUAAGCUUCAAAGGUGCGAGCUGGGUGUUUUUAGAAGUAACACGGGAAGGACGUGAAGUCAUUAUUAACAAUCCUGGAGCCAUGAUUAGAUUUACUGGGAUACGUGAAGCUCGGCCUUCUAUGAAUUUCUUCCACUUUAACUCUGGU